AUGCAAUGCCAAAUUUGUUGUACAAAGAAGUCGCAGUUCUACUGUAAUAACUGUUUAAACAUAUCACCAAACUUAGUUCUAUCCAAAAAGUUUGCAUUAAUUGAAAUUAAGAACGAAAAUGAGAAACUUCACUUUAAAAUCAAUAAAAUUUUGAAUUUUAACCAAAAAAACACUACUUUGCUCUCUUCUAAAUUUGAAAAAGCUGCCAUGUUAAGUUCUAGAAGAACCAAUUUGAAGAUUUCCUGUAAUAUUGAUUUAGUGGCAAAACGUGUACAAGAGAAACGUGAAAAGAUUAGUCAAUUGAAACAAAAACUUGAGUGUCUGAAAAAUAAGGGAGAACUGGUCGAGGAAGUACAAGAACGUGCUCACAUUAGAAAUGAAUGGGAGCAUAAGAUUUCUCAAAUAACUUCUAUUGUUCACAAACAGCGUCAUGCUAAAUUGGAGAUGUUAAGGAAUUGGUUACUACUACGAAAAAGAGAGAAUUCCACUGAAUUGCCAUAUACGAUAUCCUUUCAGCCCAUAAUUUCAGUCAAAAAUAUAAAUAAAUUACCAAAAUUUAUUCUUUCAGAAUCAAUUUCCGUCAUCUUCAAGUUUUUUCAUAUUUUCAGCACGUUCUAUUUGAAUUUGUCAUUACCUUAUUCUUUAGAGACUAAGGAAGAUAAUUUAUUAGACUUAUGUGGGAAAAUAGUCAUCAAUUCUAUUUAUAUAGCAAGAUUGUUCAAGCAAAUACCGUACAGAUAUUCAAUUGACUUACGUGCAUUACUAGAAACGUAUGAUAUAGAUGGGUUCUUCUUCAGUGUUAUGAAUUUUGAGAAGCUGGAUCAUCUUAAGUUAGUAAAAGAUGAAGAAUCAAACUACACCCUGAAUUUGAAAUAUACGACACGAUGUAUAUUAGAACUGUUAAAUGGUGAUGCAGUUCAGGAUUCUUCUCAAGUGAUAUAUGAUCAAGAUAGAUGGUUUGUAGUUAAAUGA